AAGCUAUGAACACACGCGCGCUGAACACAACCCUUUCCGUAAACGUCACAUUGGCGGGAAGUAGUAGCUCGUUUGUCAAAUCCAGGACGGGCAGCAUUUUAAACCAAAUUGUCUCACUUUUAUCCAGACGGAAGUGCAAGUCACUUACUGAACUAUCCGAAAUAUAAAACAACCGUUAACUUUUCAUGUAAGAUGUCUACUUCAUCUGUGUCCAAGGGCUGCUUUGUUUUUAAGCCAAGUGCAAAGAAGAAAAAGACACUCAGUUUGGCGGAUCAUUUCAUCCAUGGCUGUGAAGGUGCUGAGAACAGUGAAAAACGAUUCAAACUUUGUCAGGAUCUAUGGGACCAAAUUAAAACGGACACAGAGGUUUUACAGGAUGAGCUCAACAGGAACAUCUUGGACAGCUUGCUGGACUUCACGAGGAAGUGCUCAUCCACUCGCCAACACAGUGACUGGGCAUCACAGAUGAGGGCCAGUGAGAUUCCCACAGCGGCUCUUGUGCUUGGUGUGAAUGUCCCGGACCAUGACAUGACCUUCCAGAGCCUGUCUGACCUGCUCCAGCAGUCUGUUACUCCUUACGUGGCCUCUGUACAGGCCAAAGAGUGCGGAGCAUUGAAGCAUUUGAUAAAGAGGGUCCUGGAGAGGUUGAUGGGCACGGUUGUGACUGUAGAUGAUGAAGAAGAGGAGGAGGCUGAGCAGACCAGUGCUCAGCACCACAAGAGCGUGCACUGCUCCCUCAGUACACUCUGUGAUUGGUACAAUACAAAAACAAAGAAAUCCAACACUGGUACUCCUGGAAAGAAACGUAGUUCUCCUGUCAGAGACGGUCCACAGCAGCCUCCUGUUGUAAUUAUUUUCAAAGAUUUAGAGGCUUUCAACCCUAGAGUUCUUCAGGACUUCAUACUCAUCUGCAGCCGGUACAUUGAACGUCUUCCCCUGAUGUUCAUCUUCGGUAUCGCCACGUCACCCAGCACCAUCCAACACUUGCUGCCCCACUCUGUGUCCUCCCUGCUGUGUAUAGAGCUCUUCCAGUCCCUCUCCUGUACACAGCACCUGGCCACAGUCAUAGACAAGUUGAUCCUGACAAAGCAGUUCCCUUUUAAGCUCAACGGUAAAGUGAUGCAGGUGCUGAUCAGCAUCUUCCUCUACCACGACUUCUCAGUGAGAAAGUUUAUCAAGGGCAUUCAGCUGGCCCUGCUGGAGCACUUUCACUCUCAGCCUCUCAGUGUGCUGUGCUGUAAGAAGAAGGAGGCCCUGCUUAAUGUGAUGCAGCUCGAUCACCUCGACUUGGAGAGGAUUAGGCACCUGCUGUCGUUCAAGAGGUAUGUAGAGAAGCAGGAACCUCGGGAACAAGUGGAUCUGUUGACGGAUGACACUCAUUUAAAGGAGGUGUGUCAAAAGCUGAUAAAAGACCUUCACAAAUAUCACAAGAACUAUUAUCCCAUCCUGAGGUGUCUCCACACUCUGACCUCAUCCUUACCUCGGUACCCCCUCGGAAAACAGAUCAGAGAGCUCCAUUUAAUAUGUCUGGAGAAGAACGUAUGGGAGAGUGAGGAUUACCAGUCAGCCAUGAAGCUUCUGAAGAUGCUGGCUAAAGAUGAGCUGAUCGCUUUGCUACAGAGGUGUGCGGAGAUUCUGCAGCCUGCCAAGUCAAAGAAGAUAAAGAGCGCUCUUGUCCAGCUGGAAGACAUGCUCACCAAAUUUAAGCAGUUGGACACAGUAGCUGCUGAACCUCCCCCCACCGUGGAAGACAGCAUCACCUCUCCACUAAAGCAUCUUCAAAAGAAAACGGAUCUGGCCCAGCUGCAGAAGACGCUGCUGGAGAUGAACGAGUCUCGGAGAGCCAAGAAACUGAGUCCGUUCGAGGUUCUGCGAAAUGAAGCCCUUGAGUUCAUUGACAGCUUAGUGAAGAGUCACCUGUCUCCCCCAGAGUCUCAGGUACUGAAUGAAGUUUGCUACUACACUUCUUCCGCCACUGUGAGACGCCACCUCAACGCAACACCUCGCACCUCUAUUCAGGCUGCACUCAAUAGUCCCUUCUAUUAUCUUCAGAAUGACCGCCUAAAGACUGAGGAUGGGACUGUCUCUAAUGCUGCACCUGAUAUCUGCAUCGUGUACAAACUCCAUCUGGAGUGCGGCAGGCUGAUAAACCUUUACGACUGGCUGGAAGCCUAUGCCACUGUGGUUUCUGCUGCUGAGGGUAACGAUCCAGAUUCUGACAAUUUCGGGAAAGUGGAUGAGGUCAAACACGCUCGUUUCAUCCGAGCUGUGUCGGAGCUCGAAUUUCUGGGCUUCAUAAAGUCCACCAAGCAGAAGACUGACCACGUGGCUCGACUCACCUGGGGAGGCUGCUGACCGGACCCAAAAAGAAACCAUGCACACGUCUUUAACAUACACUUGUGGCUGCAGCCUCCCUUCAUUUAAGCUCUUAUCGAACUUGACUUGGAUUGAUAUUUUCCCCCUCUAAUAAAACAUGGCAGUAGUGUCUGAUAAUCA